AUGCAAAAGUACUAAAGGUCUAAAAACAGCUUUAUCAUAAAGACUCAAAAUCUAAAAUAAUCUAAAAUAUCUCCAUCUCCAAAAUAACAAAGUCAUAGACAACGUCUAAAAUUACCAGAGAUAGUAGAGUAUCAACAAAAUCCCUUUUAAUUAAAGUCUCUUAAGAAAAGAAAAUAACACAAUUAAAUGUAAUAGUGAAUUUUUCAUCUAUUAAGUAGGAAAAAAUGUAGAAGUUCAGAAUCCUUACUUGAAGGAACUUUUAAUAAAAGAUAUUAAUUUAUAUUUUAUGAAAUUCCAUAUUAUGGCACUUAAUAUCAAAGACAUUAAUUUUAUGUAAAAAAAUGGAAAAAAUUAAUUGUUGCUAUUUAAUCUAUCAUAUAUAUUUUAAAGAUGGCUGUAUUGGAAUUUAAAAUUAGAAAUAGUUGUCCACCUAAAAUGAUGAUUUGUCAUUAUUCUAUUCAUAAUCAUUCUUAUCCAUAAAGUCCAACUAAUCGUAAUAGAAACAAAAGUUGUAGUUUGGACUUAAAAAAUAGAAAAAUUAGUUUUGGAGAAAAAAUUUAAACUCUUAUUAUUUAAGAAAAAACAAAAGUUGAUAAUGGUAAAAAUAACAGUUAUCUAUAAUAAAUAAAAUAUUAAAACACAAAAUUAAAUCGAUUAUUAAGUUAGAAAGCAAUAAGUUUAUAAUUUUUACAUGCAACAACAGAAAAUAAUAAAUAAUAGCCAUCCACAUAUAAGAUUGAUCUUUUUGAAAGAUAAUCAAAUAACUUAUAAAAAUAAACCAAAAAACUUUCUUUGAAAUUAAAAAGAUUAUAAUGA